UCCAGGAGCUGCAGUGUUUCAGGUCUCACUCGAAUGCUAUUUAUCAGCUUGGAUAUAAAUCGUUGUAAAGUCAAACUUCGCAGAACAAAUUUUAAAGGCUUAAUCAUCUGUCUUAUCGCAGGAGAAGUCCUCUCUUAAGACUGCUGGAGAUCUAAAGGAAGAUCAACGCUGACUUGGAGGGAUUGAUCGGUAGAAUCGAUGCAGAAUGUAGGAGAAAUUUAACAAGCUCAUCAACGGUUCUUAAACACACACGGCAACGCACCACCGGCCUUGAGGCAUCAUCUGUCUUCUUGACUUUCUACGCCAAGGAAUGGUUUGCCAAAGCUCUACUUUAAGAAGUCACAGAACGUUAUUAUGACCGGACAUAUACCGAAUUAUAACUACGGUUGUGGAAGUUAUGGUUAGCCAAAUUCGAACGGGCAUACCGCUAGUGCGAAUUCGAUCGCUUUGGUGUAAAGCAUCGCUUGUGUCUUGGAUAUCACUAUGGAUGUUUGCUGCAAGUGUUUCUGCGGGAUCAUCGUACACAUUCCACGUACAAGAGGAACAACCUCCAGGAACUUAUGUUGGGAAAGUUGAUGGAGCAUCGGCCUUCGAGGGGAGUCCAAAACAAUUUGGAUUUAACUCUAAUACCGGAGUUAUUUCCACAACGGCUCGCAUUGACCGCGAGACAACAACACAAAUAUCGCUUCAACUUCGAACGCUAAAUCCAUCAAGUCAACCUAUAAGUGUUCAAGUCCAAGUUGAUGAUAUCAAUGACAAUGAGCCGCGGUUUCCAACGCUUUAUUAUACACUUAGAAUUCGCGAAUCCAUGGAUGUAAAUACUACAAACCCCAUCAAUACAGCAACCGACCCAGACGCCGGAAACAAUGGGACAGUUGAUUAUGCGAUUGCUUCUGGAGACAACACUGCGACUUUUUCGCUCGGUACAAAAGCAUGUCCAACAGGCUCCACUCUUUGUGUUAUCACUAAGAAACCCCUGGAUAGAGAAACUACAGAUUUUUACCAACUGAAUAUCACUGCAACUGACCGGGGGACUCCUGCGUUGAUGGGUUAUUGUUUGAUAAACAUAACAAUUCUUGACGAAAACGACCACGCACCAGUUUUUACACAAAACUCGUAUUUGGGUUCAAUCGCCGAAAAUACUAAACCGGGAGUUAGUAUAUUGAGGGUUUCUGCCGCCGAUAGAGAUUCGGGUUCUAAUGGUGAUAUUAAAUAUGCGAUUGAUUGGGAUGCAAUCCAGUCCAAUUCAAUUUUUGAUUUGGACUCUUCUACUGGCGUAAUAAGAACUAAACAGAACUUGGAUUUCGAAGUAAAAAAUUCGUACACAUUCAAUGUUAUCGCUUCCGACGGGGGUGUUCCAUCGAAAAAUGAUCUUGCUACUGUAACUAUAAACGUCCUAGAUACGAACGAUAAUUCACCACAACUAAAAAUUACAUAUUUGCCACCUCACAAUGGGGAUAAGGCAAUAAGAUCCGAAAACUCCCUAAUCAAUACAAAUAUUGCAUAUAUUCUUGUCACGGACAAAGAUUCAAACACUAACAGUCAAACAGAACUUAAAAUUACCAAUGGAGAUGACGAAGGAUGCUUCAAAGUUGAGUUUCUUGGGUUUUACUUCAUACAAUUACAGAAACCUCUUGACCGUGAACUUGUCCCAUUUUAUAAUUUAACUCUGAAUGUGACAGACAAGGGUGUUCCUUCACGAAGUACACUUGGUUUUGUACUGAUAGAUGUUACAGAUGUGAAUGACAACUCUCCUGCAUUCACAAGUAAUGCCUACACUGCUAAUAUUAGUGAACUUGCACAGAAUGGGAGCUAUGUCUUGCAGUUAAAUGCUACUGACCCUGAUGAGGGCGAUAAUGGCACUGUUACCUACUCUAUAACAGGUGGCAAUGAUCUAGGGUGGUUCCAGGUUGAUUUCCAAUCAGGACUUGUUACAACGGCAAAGCCAUUGGACCGGGAGCAAGUGUCAUCUGUCACUAUUACAAUAACUGCACAGGACCAUGGUUCAGCCCCUAAAACUGGAUCAACUACAGUUACUGUGACAAUCAUAGAUGGCAAUGACAAUAAACCACGCUUCAUGAAGAGUUUCUAUAAAGGUACAAUAUCAGAGGGUGCAAGCAUAGGAGCAACUGUUCUACAGGUUUCAGCUACUGAUGUGGACAGUGGUGAUAAUGGUAGGAUAACAUACGAAAUAUCAUCUAGUGAUGCACAGGUGAAUGGCCUGUUUGAAUUGAAUACACAAACUGGAGUAUUGAGGACAAAAAGUCAACUUGACCGUGAAACCAAGAGCUUAUACUCAUUCACAGUGUUAGCAAAAGAUCAUGGUGACCCACAAUUGAUGUCAAGUGUGAAAGUGGAAUUGACAAUCUCAGACAUAAAUGACAAUGCACCAGUGUUUUACCCUGUUGAGUAUUUUGCAAGCAUCAUGGAGAACGAACCCCCAGGGAAAUUACUGCAGGUGACUGCUACAGAUGCCGAUGAAGGCACCAAUGCUGUUAUCUCUUAUGAUAUAAUAGGAGGUAAUAACAAUGGGAACUUCUCAAUUGACUCGUCUACUGGAGUCAUCAGCACUCUUGCAUCUCUUGAUCAUGAAGUUGAGGAGUUCUUUUCUCUCAUAAUCUCAGCAAAGGAUGGUGGUAAUAAGUAUGCAGCCAAGACUGCAGUUGUUAAUGUGACAGUUCUCAACAAAGCUGACAACCUUCCAGUAUUUCUAUACGAGAUGUACAACUUCACUGUUUACGAGAAUGUCCCCAAAGGAACUCUUGUUGGGAGGGUCUAUGCAACAACAAAGGAUAAGAAUGGAAGUAUUAGCUAUGCUAUUGUCUCUGGAGAUCCAACAAAUUUGUUUUUGGUAGACUCCACUGGGGGUAUUAUCAAGAUUAAUGGGGAUAUGGACAGAGAGGAGAAAGCUCAGUACUUGUUGGCUGUCAUUGCAAGAGUUGGUACUGUCAAACCUCUGUCUGCUCAAGCUACUGUGAACAUUGAAGUGCUUGACCGUAAUGACAACGCCCCACAGUUUUCUACCUCUAGUGUGAUUGUUGACAUUGAUGGUACCUGGUUAGUUGGUCAAGUUGUUUAUAAUGCUGCUGCAGUUGAUUUGGAUGCUGGUAAAAAUGGCUUGGUUCGAUAUCAGCUCACCUCUAAUGCUGAGGGAUUACUCUGGAUCAAUUCGACAUCUGGAGUCAUAAAACUGGCAAGGAAGUUGACAGAUGGUGAUGAGACACAAUAUACAGUGCAAGUACUUGCAUCAGAUUCUGGCUCACCACCUCAACACAGUACUAUGACAAUUCACAUUACCCUGUCAAUUAACCACCCACCCAAAUUUACCCUCAGUUCCUAUGUCACACAUGUUUUGGCAUCACAACCGCUAAGCUACCAGUUCUUCUAUGUUGUUGCAGUUGAUCAAGAUUCAGGGAAAAAUGGACAACUAUUUUACAGUAUUCCUCAGGGUAAUGAGGAAGGGCUCUUUGGAAUAUUUCCUGGUGGUAAGCUUUACAUCAGAAAAUCCUUACUCCAAGCACUCAAGGGGUCCUAUGAUCUUAUCGUCAGGGCAACAGACGGAGGUGUGCCAUCCUUCAGUGCUAGUGUUCCUGUCACUAUUUACAUCCAGGACUCAAAUGAUCACCGAUCCUUAUUUGUAAAUAACACCUUCAGAUUUGCUGUCGCAGAAAAUAGCAGCCCUGGAACUUUGGUUGGAACAUUGGUUGCUCAUGCACUUGACCAUUCUAGAACCAAGGACAUUGUGUAUUCUUUAAUUAGUAGUGAGAGUCACUUUGCUGUUGAUGUUCGGAGUGGCCAGAUCACUACACGUGUAAGACUUGAUCGGGAGGAGCUGAUAAAGAAUACAGGUAGUAAUGUGUACAUCAUGCAAGCUGAGGCCAUGUAUAAUGACACUACAAUCAAGCGUGACAAGGCAAUAGUUAUUGUUACUGUUACUGAUCUUAACGAUAAUGCACCUGUCUUCGGCCGUGCUGUGUAUGCUAUUACGGUCAGUGAGCUCUCUUUACCUGGCUCGCCAGUGUUCAGGAUAAAGGCUAUGGAUGCAGAUAAAGGAGACAAUGCAAAGUUCUUUUAUUCACUUGUGUCUGGCACUGGCAUGGACAAGUUUUUUAUCAAUAGCUCAACUGGGGAACUCCAUCUCAGCAAGACUCUUGAUAGGGAAACUACCAGCAGUUAUAACCUAGUAGUGAAGGCAACUGAUGCAAGUAAUGCCAACUUGUAUUCAACUGCAAAGAUUGAGAUCACAGUAGGCGAUUCUAAUGAUCAGAUACCAGUGUUCCCUGAAUCGAAUUACACUGUGAAUAUCACUGAAGAUGCUCUGAUUGGAUCACUGGUUAUUAAUCUCAAUGCUUCUGAUAAGGACAUUGGACAGAAUGGACUCAUCAAAUAUUCUAUAAGUGAUGGUAAUCUUGCUGCAAUGUUUGAUGUGGAAAGUGCUACAGGAAGGCUGAUUGUGGCAAAAUCACUGGACUUUGAAACCACUCAGCUGUAUGAGUUAACCAUUACAGCUCAGGAUCAUGGACUUAUCCCACUCUCUUCAACUGUUAAUGUGACCGUUAAUGUUCUUGAUGUGAAUGAUAAUGCACCAUUAUUUCCAACUCAGCCAGUGACAUUGACAGUACAAGAGAAUGUGAAUACUGGGUUCCCUGUGGGGCGGUGCACCGCAAGCGAUAGGGACACUGGUACCAAUGCUCACAUCGCUUUCAGUAUGUACAGCCAGACUCCAUCCAAGACCUUCAGUGUCAACUCUGCGACCUGCGAGAUCACCACCAUUGCUGCUAUAGAUCUGGAAACAAUGCCUGCUGGAAGGGACUCCUUCCAGUUGGUUGUCAUGGCAACAGACCAGGGGUCGCCAAAGCUGUCGACAAGGAAGUCGAUUACAGUGCAAGUGACAGAUGAAAAUGAUAACUCACCAGGUUUUGUUUCUCCUCCUGCCGCAGCUGCCGGGAGUAGUUUAAAUGUGAUGACCAUAACUGCUGAGGACCCUGAUAGAAAUUCAAACGGGAAGGUCACCUAUUCAAUCAUAAGUGGAAACAAUGGCUACUUCAAUCUACAUCCGUCCACUGGUCAGCUCCAAAUGAUUCAUCAAAUUCCAGACAACCCCACUAUCUACCAACUCACCAUCCAAGCCAGCGACGGAGGACAACCAUCUCGACAGACUCAGACGGUCGUCUCUGUGUUCAAGGAGGGUCCUAUUGGAGGUGGACCAACAUUUAGCAGCGCUGACUACCAGGGAAGCGUCACUGAAAACAAAGUUGCGGGGACAAGUGUUGUCACAGUGCUAGCUGCAUACCCACAAAGCAGCUUAAAUGGUAACAUUGAGUACUACCUUACAAGUGACUCAAGCAAGGGAGGCUUUGAGGUUGUUAAAAGUACGGGCGUAGUGAAGACUACCAGGGGUAUCGACCGUGAGGGCAUGGGGGCUUCAUUCAACCUUGUUGUGUAUGCCGUAGACAAACAGGGCCCUAGUGCACGCACCUCAUCCGCAACAGUCACCAUAACAGUGCAAGAUGUUAACGACAACGCCCCUGUAUUCACAAGUGAUGAAUUCACUGUGAGCAUUGCAGAGAAUGUUGAUGAUGGCACGACAGUGAUUACGGUGACUGGCACAGAUCCCGAUGCGGGUGAUAAUGCCAAGGUCAGUUAUGCAACCUCUGGCGGUAGUCAUGGGAACAAGUUUGCAAUCGAUGCAUCUUCUGGUAGGAUCUAUACCACUGGGACCUUCGACAGGGAGACUAAAGACGACUACAGCAUCAAUGUCACCGCCAGUGACCAUGGAAACCCUUCAAAGUCAUCCACAUGCGUUGUCCUGGUAACUGUUGCAGAUACCAAUGACAACUCGCCCAAGUUUCCCGCAUUACACUAUGUUUUUGAUAUCGCGGAGGAUGCAGCUGUUGGGGCCAGUAUUGGGACCGUUUCAGCUUCUGAUGCGGACAUUGGAGAGAACGCCCGACUGACUUACAGUAUUGUGAGCCCAGAAAAAGCAACUUUCUCGAUGAAUCCAGUCACAGGUGAGAUCACCGUUGGACAGAGGCUUGACCGAGAAGGGGUGGAACAUUACCUACUAAAUGUCACCGCUACGGAUAAUGGCCGGCUGAACACCAACGACGCAUCGGUCGAUGUUUACAUCAACGUUCUGGACGUUAACGACAAUGCUCCUCAAUUCGAAGCCGCUGUGUACCAUGGAGAGAUCUCGGAGUCUGCUGAUAAACUCACGCCCAUUGUCACAGUCAAGGCUAUCGAUAAGGACUCGGGCUCGAACGGCAUCGUGAAGUACAGUCUGAUAUCAGGGAAUGAUGGAGACGCUUUUACGAUUCUUGGUAAUGGAACCAUUGUGAAUGCUGAGGUGUUGGAUAGGGAGAAGAAAAGUACAUACAAUCUUGAAGUACGUGCUGUCGAUCAAGCCACUUCUGGUGGUCUUGAGGGCGUUACACGUGUUGUUAUCAACGUGACAGAUGUCAACGACCAACCUCCGGAAUUCACCUCCGCCUCUGUCGCACAUGUGUCCGAAAACUCAAGGGUCGGUGAUGUGGUAUUGACUGUGAUAGCGGUUGAUGCUGACGAGGGAUCGAACGGAGAUGUGGUCUAUAGUUUGGGUCUCGAUAUUGGCGCACCGUUCAGUCUCGGGUCCAAAGAUGGCGUCUUGAGAGUGUCCGGAUCAAUGGACCGAGAGAAAAAGGCAAACUACAGCAUACGAGUAACUGCCACUGACUUGGGAACACCACCACUAUCGGCUAGUAUGGAAAUCACAGUUAUUGUAGAUGAUUAUAACGACCACAGACCAGUGUUUUUAUCUCAUAUUGGAACCGUAUUUAUUGACGAGAAUGCUUCACCGGGAACUGAAAUUAUCACACUACAGGCCGUGGAUGGCGACUCGGGCGUUAAUGCAGAGAUUCGCUAUGCUUUUGUGACGGGAAAUAGUAACAAUUCCUUCACCAUCAACUCCAUCACCGGUAGACUCCGCACAGCAAGAAACCUAGACCGUGAGACGACUCCUAGGUUCACCUUAGAAGUCCUCGCUUAUGAUCUGGGAGUCCCGAGGAAAGAUAGCGUGACAAACGUCACGGUGGUGUUACGUGACGUCAACGACAACCAACCUGUGUUCACAAUGUCAGAGUAUGCUGCAGAAGUGAGUGAGGGUGUAGUUGAGUCGAACAUCGUGACAGUGGUAGCUGAAGACCGGGAUAUCGGCAGCGAUGGCUCAGUCACGUACCGUAUCACUCAAGGGAGAGAAGGUGGACUCUUUGUCAUCAACGAAAACACGGGUACAAUAGGGAUUACCGCUAAAUUGGACCGGGAAACCAAAUCUAAAUAUACCCUACGCGUUCAAGCGACUGAUGGUGGUAGUCCGGCACUUUCCUCAGAGGCUGAUGUCAUUGUGAACGUCCUGGAUCAAAAUGACCACGCCCCUGUUUUCACCCCGGCCACGCUGACUGUGAAGGUUCAAGAGGACACAGGAUCAGGUACCACUGUGAUCAAAGUGUCUGCCGUUGAUGGUGAUGUUGGCUCUAAUGCCGAUGUGACCUACUCGUUGAAGUACAGCUUCAGCCGGUUCAGCAUCGAUAGCAAGACUGGCGUGAUCACGACAGUCAGACCGCUGGACAGGGAAAUAGCAGGCCAGCACAAACUUGAGGUUCUGGCCAGUGAUGCUGGCAAGCCGCCCUUGCAAGGGAAACUCGACCUCGAUAUCAUCGUGGGGGACAAAAACGACCAUGAUCCAGAAUUUCAGCAGUCCCAAUUCCAGGCCACUAUUUCUCAGUCGGCUCCUGUUGGUACAAUAGUCUUCGUCCUCUCUGCCCGUGACGAAGACACCGGUGAGAACGCAGAGUCGGAUUACUCCAUAACAAGCGGUAACGAUGCUUCUGUGUUCAGCUUGAACGCGCGCAGUGGAGUGAUCUCAGUAUCAAGGACUGUACCGUCCAGUCCGGCGCAGUACUCCUUGAAGAUCAAGGCCGCGAACCGUAACGCCCCCGGACGCACCGAUAGCGCUACCCUACAGAUUACCGUCUCAAGCGCUGUAUUCCCGCGUUUUCUCCACCCCGACCAGUCGAUUUCUAUCUCUGAGCUCACCCGAGUGGGAAUGGAAAUACUCACUGUUAACGCCACCGGUCAUACCACAUUUGAUAUCGCUGGCGGUAACCAUGGCGACGCGUUUGACGUAGACGCAGUGCAAGGUGUUGUGAAGGUGAAAACUCCCCUGGAUUAUGAGAGGUACCCUAACUACACCCUGAUCAUCGGGGCCUAUGAUGGCAGCGUUCCGCCGCAUGUGGGAUACGCGCGGGUGGUGAUCACAUUACAAGAUGAAAACGACAACGUGCCUGUGUUUAGCCAAAGAGUGUAUACUGCGUAUGUGCCCGAGGGGAAGUCUGCUGGAGUGUCAGUUCUUACAGUGCUGGCGUCUGAUGAGGACUCUGGUGUGAAUGCCGGGGUGGAGUACCACCUGGUAGGGAGUGACCCAUUCCAGGUCUCGCGCACCACCGGGCUGGUCACCACUUCCGAUGUUCUGGACCGUGAGCUUGUCGGAUCAUAUACGCUAAAGGUGCGUGCUGAAAACCCUGGGAACAGAUCCAUGGCGAGCGAGGCGAUAGUACACGUCACAGUUACUGACAUCAACGACACCCCGCCCACCUUACAGCAGCCGCUGACUGCCUCUGUCUCGGAGCAGGCUCAAGCCGGGGAUCUGGUCCUGCAGUUGCACGGUGAUGACAAAGACGAGCCGGUAAAUUCCCCGCUACACUACGGUUUCUUGCCGAACGGAAACCCCGGGGGCGUGUUCGCUAUUGGGGCACUCAGUGGCAACAUCACACUUGUGAAAAAUCUGGACAGGGAGACCAAAUCAUUGUACUCGCUGGAAGUAUUUGUCAACGACAGUCUUCAUGUCACGCAAGCGACCGUUAAGGUCACGGUCACUGACAUCAACGACAACCCCCCGAAGUUCCUCCUUUUACCCUAUGUUACGCAACUUCCGGAAGACUCGGCUGUCGGCGUAACAGUCAUGAACGUAACGGCGGUAGACGCAGAUGAGGGCACUAACGUGGAGCUCAACUACGAAUUCCUGCUCUCCCCCUACGGUAGCUUUUUGGCCGUCGACGCAAGAACAGGGAUGAUUACGCUGAACCGAGCAAUCGCCUUCAAACCUUUCUCUGCAUUGCCAAACCCAAACAUUUACAAUCUGACUGUCCGCGCGCGCAAUAUCUACCCUCCUCAUUACAAGGCCGACGCGGCCAUUCAGAUCGAGGUCCUGGACACUAAUGACCACGCCCCUGUCUUCGUCAAGUCCGUGUACUUGUUGUUUGCCGUCCAAGACGCCGGAAGUGGCGUCAGCAUUGGCCGGGUGGAGGCAGUGGACAAGUUUGAUUACGGUCCAAAUGCGCUAGUUCGUUAUGAGGCGAUAAGCGGAAACGGGACAGGGAGGUUCAGGGUGGCUCCCGAAACAGGGGAGGUGCUUAUCGCCAGCAGCCUCAGAGAUGAUGUCAACAAGACUUAUUACAUCCGUGUCCGAGCUUCGGACAUGGGCCAGCCAAAAAUGUCGGACACUGCCGGCGUGUACGUGGAGGUGACUGAGCGAAAUUUACACCCGCCUGUGUUCAGCAAAGCGGUUUAUCAGACGAGUGAAAAUGAAGACAUCGCGGUAGGGAGCGCACUGUUAACUGUCACCGCUACCGAUAGGGACUUCGGGCGCAAUGGGGAGAUCUCUUAUGAUAUCAUUGCUGGGAAUUCACAAGAGUAUUUUGGAAUCGGGCUAACGAAUGGUUCUCUCUACGUAUCGAAGCCUCUAGACUAUGAACACCAAGAGAAUUAUUCGCUGAACGUGUCGGCGACAGACGGAGGGAAGGAACCCAAGACGAGCUACGCGACAGUGCGGAUCACCUUGCGGGACGUGAACGACAACAACCCUGUCUUCUCACCAAUUGAGUACCGGUGUGAGCUAGCCGAGAACACCACACCGCGGUCAGUCGUGGUGUGCAGCGUGCGGGCCACCGACCGGGACGAACGUGGCCAACAAUCCGUCCGGUAUAGCAUCCUAGGGGGGUCUGGUAAGGAUAAGUUUGUCAUUGAUGAAAGGACAGGAGAGAUACGUGCAACAGUGGAAUUCGAUUUCGAAGUGACAAUGAGCAGUUUCCUUAUGAUAGCCGCAAAAGACGAGGGGCUCUCGCCACAGAGAACAGCCGACCCGCCGGCUAGUGUCCACAUACUCAUAACCGGUGUGAACGAGUUUUUACCUGUUUUCGUGCAAUCUGUGUUUACUGCGACUGUCGCGGAGAAUGCACCUAUUGGGCACUCUGUUUUGCGGGUGUCAGCCACGGAUAAGGAUAAAGGUCCGGAUGGAGUGGUCCUCUACCACCUACUGGGGUCCGAUAAUCAACAGGGGUUCGACCUUGAUUCCAACACCGGGACCCUGAGCGUGUCCGGCGACCUUGAUAAUGAGCGGGCGGGAAUUGUCACCCUUCGAGUCAUCGCCAAAAACCUCUUUCAGAACUCUGUCACGCCAUCCAGUGUAGCUCACGCAACCAUUGUCGUGACCGUCACGGAUGCAAACGACCCGCCGCGAUUCCUGAAGAGUGUUUACUCGGCGCACGUGACGGAAGGGUCACGCAUUGGGCAUGUCGUGACAAACGUGACAGCCGUUGAUGAUGAUAGCGAUAUCAGAAGUAUUAGGUAUGGGAUCAGUGCGGGUAACACCGGCAACGCAUUCGUCAUGGAUGCCGUGACGGGAUUCGUGCGAACAGCCGCCGAGCUCGACCGAGAAGCAAUCGCCGAGUAUCGACUGACCGUGACAGCUACCGACAACGGCACGCCUCCUAUGACUGGUAACGCAACGCUCGUUGUUACGCUGGACGAUAUCAAUGACAACCCACCCCACCUGACUCCGUUACCAUGCAUUGGUCGUGUGACGGAAAAUAAACCACAGGGCACCCAAGUUAUGACUCUUAAUGCCGAGGACCCCGAUCUGGAUCCGAACAGAGGUCCAUUCAAAUACAGUAUUUCCGGUUCCGAUUAUGGUAGCUUUCGGUUGAAUGUGUCAUCAGGAGUAGUGUCGACGGUUAAGUCGCUGGAUCGGGAAAAACAAGACGCUUAUAACAUCUCCAUAAAAGUGACUGACGCCCGCGGGCUGUCAGCAGUCAACUUCUGCAUGAUACACGUCGAGGACCAGAACGACAAUCGCCCCAAGGCUACGUCACGUGACGUCUACGUUCAUACCUUCGAGGGCAAGUUUCUUGGAGGCGUGGUUGCUGACGUGCGGCCUGAUGACCCGGAUAUUGAUGACCCUAUGACAUGUGCACUACUAAACCCCCCGCAGAAUAACAUCUUCAGCUUCCCCCGCGGCAACUGCGAGUUGAGCUCGCUGGCCUAUUCCCAGGACGCCCGGUUUGAUCUAUCCGUGAACGGUUCAGAUGGCUUGGGUGCUGUUACAUACCUAAUCACGCUACGCUUUUUGGGAUACACGGAGACGACGUUGCAGCAGGGCGUGGUGGUGCGGUUACGAAACACCAAUACCAGGGACUUCCUGGCCAACUCCUACCACAAGUUCACUAGUGCUGUCAACGCGACUCUACCUUCUGGUUACUCCUCACAGAUCAUGAGUGUAGACUCCUCAGGAGAUGGAUUAGUAGACGUGCUGGCGUCUGUGCGCCAAGGAGGGACGCUGAUGAUACGGGAUCGAGUGUCUGGCCAUUUAAAGGACAAACUAGUUUCCAGUAGUGCUUUAGACAUCGCCACUGUAGACUACAAUCCCUGUACCACAAGCAACCAGUGUCUGAACGGAGGGGAGUGCAGUAGUGCGAUACAAGCUUCUAGGCGCGGUCACGUGGUCAGCUCUACACCUGUUGUUAUGGUGACGGCGGGAUACACUUGGAAAAUCACGUGCAGCUGUAAGCCUGGAUUCACCGGUUCCCAAUGCGAAGAGAGCGUGAACGAUUGUAACCCCAAUCCUUGCAGAAAUGAAGGGACUUGCACUGAUAACAACGGCUCCUUCAAAUGCUCAUGCAUCCCCGGAUACACGGGCCGCCUGUGUGAAUCCGACAUCGAUGAGUGUUUAACAAACCCUUGCAAACACGCAAGCGCGUGUGACAACACGCCUGGGGGGUACACUUGCACUUGCAAACCUGGAUAUACUGGUCAGAACUGUGACGUUGAUAUCAACUACUGUCAAUCUUCGCCUUGUAUGUAUAACUCUACCUGCAAAGAUCUACCGACCUCGUUCGAGUGUGUCUGUGAUUUCGGCGGUCGGGGGGAACGUUGUGAAAUCUCGAGUUUUGGCUUUGAGCCCGCGUCCUACAUGCUCUUCCCUACACUCCAAGGCGUUAAUCAGAAGACCUACAAUAACAUCACUAUGGAAUUCUCCACCUCGUCUCCAAAUGGCUUGCUGUUUUAUAACACUGAUGGAACCCCGGCGGCGGCCGCGGAUUUCAUCGCGCUUGAAAUCGUAGAGCGCUACCUGUGGUUCUCGUACAAUCUCGGCUACACAGGGAUCCCGGAGGUGAUCAAAAGCGAUCGUGCGGUGACUGACGGGAAGUGGCAUCACGUGACCGUCAUCAGAGACAAGAAGAAAGGCGAACUCCUUGUGGAUGGCUCAAAUAAGAAGACAGGAGAGGUUGACGGCGGAUUCACUCAACUAGAGCUGAAUCAGUCGCCUCUUCUCGUCGGUGGCAUCAAAGACUUCGACGCCUACCUGUCCGACUCCCGUAAACACGUGCGCACGCAUGACUUCGUGGGCUGCAUCCGGGAUCUUUACGUUGACGGCGCGCGCCUUCAGAUGCAUGAAGCUCGGGAGAAGGAAGGCGUGAUGAAUCGCUGUCCAAGGAAGUCCUGGUGCACAUGGAGCCCAUGCGAUAAUGGCGGCACUUGCGUGGACACGUGGUUAGACUAUUAUUGCGAAUGCCCGGAUGGUUUUAGCGGCCGCAAUUGUGAGAAAGCGAUGGAAGCCUUCCGGUUCAGCUCCACCAGCUACCUCGUGUUGACGUUCAAAGAGAGCUACCGCCGCAGCGAAAAGUUGAACAAGCGCCAGCCCGUUUCGGCCAGAAAAAGACGCGCGGUAGACUCGGUACUAACAGAUUACGUGAGAUUACGUCACGCGAGUCGGCGCCAGGUCUCCGUGGGUCGGGAGAGACGAGCAGUGUCCUCGGACCGCGAGGAAUUCUCUAUUCGUUUUCGUACUCGUCAAAAUGGUCUGCUUCUUCUCGCUCAGGACAGCUCUGCGGAUUACACCAUCGUACAGAUCGCCUCUGGAAAGGUCACUUACUCGUUCCGCGCGGGCGAAGCCUCGCAGACCUUAACCGUCACCACCUUAGACGUCACUAACGGCAACUGGCAGAACGUGACAUUAGAGCGUGACGCCAGGACUAUCAGGCUAGCCACAGGAACGGAAUUCACGCAACGCGAAUUCGCCGUCACGCCACACAAUUUUCUCGGCGCUAACAUCCGCCAGUGGUCCCUAGGAGGAGCAACGCAAGUCCCGUCUGGUGUCACGCUAGAGAAGUUCAAAGGAUGCAUGGAGGAUCUGAAGAUUAACGGCGUGAAUACCCCAAUGAACGGCCCCAAUAGAUUUUUGUCCGCGGAGGCGCGGGGCGGAGCCGUAACCGAGGGCUGUGUGACCAGCGGCCAGUGUCAGUCCAGCCCAUGCGCGAACAACAAGGAGAAGACGGCAUGUUAUGAAGACUGGGAUAGCUACACGUGCGUGAGCGCCGCUCCCUGUCAACCAGACCCAUGCAAGAACAACGCAACCUGCAAACCGCAGAAGGACGAGACUUUCCUCUGCGUGUGCGUCGGGAACUACACGGGCGCGCUCUGCUCGAUCCCCCUUGCCUGUCAACUCAACCCGUGCGGGGAGGGGUACGAUUGCUUAGGGGACGGCGCAGGGGGGAGGGUGUGCGUCACUGCUGGUAGAAGAGCGAGUGCUGAUAACUCCACCAAUGUGGGGAUUAUCGCUGCGGGAGUGUUUCUUGCGGUGGUAAUAAUAGCACUCUUGGUUGGAGUGGUAGCUGUGCGGCGCCAGAGACGCCUAAAAAAGCAAUCAGACUAUGACGCAAACCACUGUGAAGACAUCUGCCCGCCCACUGACUUACAAGAUGCGUCCCAGCGGACUUCUCCAUCGCACAGUAGCGACGAUAGCGGAGUAGUGAUCAGAAAUCCUUCCCAGAAAUCCAUGCAUCUUCACUCCUCGACGGACGAGAGUAAGAACAUUGUGAUACAUAAUGUCGGCGCUCCAGAGGAUUACCAGAUCAAGUUGACCAAGUCGGACGAGAGGAUAGAUCACGGCUUUUCUGAAUCCGACGUCGGGGAGUUCAUAAUUAGAAACGACUUCGCGUCUAAACACAGCAGUAGGGACCGGAUAAACCAUGCCAGUAGAGAGCAUAUUAACCACGGGAGUAGGGAUCGGUUAAAUCAACACUCGAAUCAUGGAAGUAGGGACCGGAUAAAUCGCGGGAGUAGAGACCACAUUAACCACGGGAGUAGAGACCACAUUAACCACGGGAGUAGAGACCAAAUUAACCACGGGAGCAGUGAGCAGCUUCACCAAGUGAUUAAACAGAGUACUCCAAUUGAGCAAAAUUAUCGAGCUCCUGCUCCACGCAGGCCACGCACACGCACACCACGAAAUGCACCCGGCUCCCUCGCGCGACAGGUGCUGGAUAGACGACAGUUCGGCCCGCAUCGCUCCGAUCCGCGCAACCGAGGUCCUUCUCACUUGCACCCCCAUCGCAAAUGGAGAACAAAUUCUAUGGAUACCACAAGUAGCGAGGAGCCACAAGACUUCUCCGACACGUGGCCUAGGUCUGACAUUGAUAAUAACUCGGAGCGACUCGAUUAUUACGACAUCGAGGUUGCUAGUAUAGGUCAAAGCGAGGCAAGUUAUCAGUAUGAGCCCAGUAACUUUAAGGACAGUAUGUUGCGGAGGGAAAUGCCAGGACUCUCACCCGCGGAGAUCGAACGCAUUCGCCAACAAAGUAGAAAUCCGCCUUCUGGGAGCUUCCUUGACGCAGUAUCGACGUCUAGCGAGGACGCCCCGACCAUGGACGACAAGUUAUCUAGCCUGAUGGAGCGUGCGGACAGCUCGAGUGAAAGCUCCGAUGAUACAUUUACCUGUAGCGAGUUCGAUUUCGAUGAGAAACCCACGAGUAAAGCUGAGGAGGUGGAGCAGCACGGGACCCCCCACGGGAGCAUGGUAUUCAAUAAGCUUACUAACCCACCCCAUGUGGGGACACCACAGCACGGGUCUCACAACACGCUUAACCUUAGUGAGGAUGAGCUAGUGAUAGCUAAUAGGUUCACACAGCGACCUGUGAACGGUACGAGUGAUGCGUUUAACUGGGACGAUGUGCUCAACUGGGGUCUGAGAUACCAUAACCUCCGAGGAGUGUAUAAAGACAUCGCCGAGCUGCCUGACGAAGAGGGGGAGGAGCCUGAGAAUGAGGAGGAAUAUGUAUGAUUGACAGGCCAAAGAAACUGCGCGAAGAAUACAUGGAUGACUCGCGUAUUUAGUGCCGUGGGGGAAGAUACUCUAGGUAUAUCCUAAUUACCAAGUAUUCUUAAAUAGGUCCAACUCCAGAGCCAUAUAUAUUCUUAAACGUUUAACGCUUAACAGUAGAAAAUCAUGCAAAAACGUUUCUAAGUUUGGAGUAUUUGGCUCUUUUUACAGAUAAAAAUGACUGCAAUACAUGCUGGGUAGAGUAUGUAGGAACCUCUAAGUAUCAUCACACAUGCAUUGAGACUUUCAGUUCAGUACGUUCCUCACUUCGACUUUUUUUACUGUAUUCAUCAGAUGUACCAUUAACUCUUACACACAUUUCGUACUUGCUGCUCGAUAUAUGGAGUGAUAAAAUAGAAAAGACUAUUUUUAUACAGAGAUACAUUCUAGAGAUCUAUAAACAUUGCUGCAUUUGCAAGCAAAGUCAUAGUAUUAACUUAAACUUUUGUGCAUAUUGUAUGACAUAGCAUAAAUAUAGCCUAGCGUUUUAUGAUAUUGGUGUGACGAUGGUUAUUUAUUUAGACUUCAUCCAGACUGUAAACUCGGCCUUUGUAGGUAUAUAUAUUUAGUUGUACUUCUUUUUUUAACAUAGCCAAGGAAGCAAAUAGUUAACAUGUUCAUUGCCACAUAAAUAAUGUGUGCAGCUUAUUGUCAGAUUUUUUUUAAAAUUAUCACCACGGUAAUAAGUAAGUCACUUCAACUUAAGUGGCUGGGUUUGGGUAGCUGAGAAGGAGAGCGCAGUUGACUAAAUCCACCACACUAUUCAGUUUUUAUUGUUGAUCACGACUUCCCAACUUUCGUAUUACAUACAAAGCUUUUAUAAUUGAUAGCGACUUCAUCGUGUAUGUACAUGUGAGAUAUAUGCAUUGCAUAGCUAUAUAUUUGUACAAAUGCAGACCGUUUUAAAAGAUUAAUAAAAUAACUUUCAAUAUAUAAA